CAUAAAACCCUAAUGUACAUAACUGAUUAGAAAAAACUAAGAAGAAACAGAGUUAUUUCAAAGAAAAUACAUCAAAUGUGAAGUGUCACGCAGGGAAUUGUGGGAAUGUAAAUUUACGUUUUUUCACUAAAUUAUACAAUGACUUGUAAUUUUUCACUUCCAAAAACUGAAUUUAACGGUAUAUUGUACUGUAAAAUUACAUUAAAUGUAUGGUUAGAUCUAUUACAGUACACCGUAUAUAGUACGGAAACUUUCUGUAAACCAAUUUACUGUUUUUCACCAUAGCAUUUUUAGUCUUUUACUGUUAAAACCACAAUCAUUUUUAACAGUGAGGUACAGCAAUGCUAUUUAUUGUCUAUUUCAUAGGAUUUUAAUUAUCUCUGGGUAAAAAGCUAUUUAUGUGUUUAUGCUGUCCAGGAUUCAUGAUAGUUUGCUUUCAAAGGACUCUUAAACAGGAUUAUUAUAGUUAACCAAAACUAAAACCAUUAAAAAUAAUACUUGAUAUAAAAUAAACGUUAACUGAAAUAAGAUAAAGUAUUAAAACUUAUUUCAACUAUCUGGCAAGGCAACAUUUCUCAUUUUGAUUUAGUUAAACUUGAUGUACUAAAAUAACUAAAACAAAAAUGAAUAAAAACUAUAUAGACAUUUUAAACUGAUAAAAAUGCAUGCACCCAACAAAAUGACUAAAAUUCCAAAUACAACUACAAUAGUACCUCAAUGAUAAUAAAUAAAACUGCUCUUAAAAUAAGCAAUUGGGCAUUUGCAAGUCCUGCGCGCACCCGCAUGACUCGUGUGUUGUUGGUUACUAAGCAACUUACGCGCACCACAUAAGCUGCGUCAUUUCCUGUGGAGGGACGCGUUGGAGCGAGCCAGUUCAGUCGAUCCCCUCCGACAGCUGAAGGCUAGGCGACAUCACAGUCGAGCUCCGUUCCGUUUUACUUUCUUUCUUUGCGCACUAAUGCAACGAAUAACUUUCCAACCUGUUUGAUUUUUGUCUGUGGAAUACAUCCGGCGCACUUUCCAAAGGACUAAAGCGCGUUUCAACUUUCUGAUUUGAGCGUGCCAAAGGAAAACAACUUUGCAUUUUAGUUUGGGUGCCAUAUCCUCCAAAUACUGGACGAGUGGAUUAGAACUGAACGCUGAUCCGGUGCUCUACUUUAAAAACUAAUCAACGGGAACGCAUUCAUAUGAUUAUGGUCGUUGUAAAGCUUUGGAUUUCUGGGCAAAGAUCCUGAACUCCUUAAUGAGGGAUUCAGUGUUGACGACAGAGAUAUUGGAGAAGACGCGCUGGCCACUUGACCCUUUUUCACGAGCACAAGACGCACCGGAGCGCGCAGCCUUCUGCCACCGGUAUUGGGAAGGUGCACUUUCCUCUCGAAUAUACGGCUUUUUAAAAUUUACGUUAAACUUCUGACAAUCACAUUUGUCGGUUUUUACCGUAAAAUCUGCAUUUCAUUAUUUUUUAUAAAUAUGAAAUGCUGAGAUAAGAAUGAAUUUUGAUGAUAUUUUUGUAAAUAUUAUAUUAUAAUAUUAUAUUUUUAAAAAAUCAUUAUGUCAUGCAGUGUUAGUAUUCCAAAAUACCGUUUGCCAUGCUCCAAUAAUAAUAAUAAUAAUAAUAAUAAUAUACCUGGUACUAUUGAAUGCCACAUGUUUAUCUCUCAAGCAACUGCGAUUAAUAACAAUGACAGAUCACAGUGCUACACCUUCCAGGUAACACGUGACAUUAAAUGAAUGCAGCAAACAUUAACUAAACAACACAAACUGUAAUUUAAAAUUAAAAUUUAAUAAGGUCAGUCAUACUGUACUAUUUACUAACUUGUUCAAUAUUUUAGAGUAUUUUUUUACGUAGCCUAUUUAACAGUUUUACGGUAACAUUUAAAACAUUUUGUUUAUUUCAAUUCCAAACUUUUUUUCGCUAAUUAGAUUUGUGUGUUUGGUUUUGUAGGUCCUCUGUGACACGUUUGAUAUAAUAUUAAGUAUGCCAGUGAACAUCAAGGCAACGCAGUGCCAUGCGCCGCUCCGCAGACUCCUGUAGACUCGGUUCCGGUGGUACUGCGAUGCUCGCCGGACCUCUCCGCUUCCGCGUGGCUCUGUGAUCCAGGCAAAGAGCGCGAGGAUGAGCACAGACCUGGAGCGCCUGUCGCUCAACUCUUCCUCGGGUAACUCCGUGGCUUCCAGCGCGCGUUCUCUAUCCGCCAACGUGAAGAAGCUUCACAACGCUCUCAACCUGCUGCUCAGCGAUCUCGAGAGAGAGCAGUUCAUCCACUGCCUCAACGUGUACCACUCCAAGCGCAAUGUGUACGAUCUGGUCCAGACGCUUAAGGUCAUACUGAACGUCCCGAGCAAGCGUCAGCUCCUGCCCAUGCUGCGGCUGGUCAUCCCUCGCUCGGAUCAGCUUCUGUUCGAUCAGUACACAUCAGAGGGACUCUAUUUGAAAUCCGACGUUCUUGCGCGCAAUGGUGACCCGGACGGCGCCCACGAGGCUGCUAAUUCGAGUCCAACACAUGGCGCUCAUUUCUCGGCUCCUUCCGCGUCUCAAGCCGCUCUGCGCGGAUCUCCUGACAGUAUCAGCACCAGCAGCGAUGGGACAGCGACUCUUAUUCCUUUACUGGGCAGAAAUUUCUUACCGGAGCCCCCUGGAGAGAUUCGACAGGUGAUUCUGAAGCGUCACAAAAGCAACGAGGGUUUGGGAUUUAGCAUCCGCGGAGGUUCCGAGCAUGGAGUUGGGAUCUAUGUGUCACUGGUGGAACCGGGAUCACUGGCAGAAAAGGAGGGUUUGAGAAUAGGAGACCAGAUCAUGAAAGUUAACGACAAAGUGUUCGACCGGGUCACGCACGCAGAGGCAGUUAAGGUGCUGAAGGGCAGCAAAAAGCUCUCUAUGUCAGUGCGUUCUGUAGGCCGUAUCCCAGGUGGCUAUAUCACAAAUCAUGUCUACACCUGGGUGGAUCCACAGGGGCGCAGUGUGUCCCCACCACCUGACCUGCUGGCUGAGCAUCGCAGCGCCACUCUGCGCAGGUCUAACAGUCAGGGCCGCAGCCACAUGCAACUUCUGCAGGACGGCGAUGAGAAGAAGGUAAAUUUGGUGCUGGAUGACGGCCGUUCUCUGGGUCUCAUGAUCCGUGGAGGGGCUGAAUACUCUCUGGGUAUCUACAUUACGGGUGUGGACAGAGGGUCUGCAGCGGAGUGUGGAGGACUAAAGGUGGGAGAUCAGAUCUGGAGGUGAACGGACGGAGUUUCCUCGGCAUCUCCACACGAUGAGGCCGUGCGAGUGCUGAAGUCUUCACACCAUCUGAUGAUGACUGUGAAAGAUGUCGGGCGACUGCCUCAUGCCCGCACCGUAGUGGGCGAGACCAAGUGGAUCGCAAGCUCGCAGAUCACAGAUAGUUCUGCCAGCAGCAGUGUCACAGGCCUCUCUCUGGACCAGGGAGCAUCAGCAUCAGUAAAGGGUGGCUUUUAUAAAGGUGUGGCGGGAUCUCAGGUGACUCUGUCUAGUUUGGUGAACCAGAGCACUAUGCUAGAGGAACAGGCUAGACAUCUGCUGACUGAACCUGAGAGGCAGACCAGCUACUACAUCCAAGAGUAUCGUGAUGGUCACAUCGGUGUUGAGCAGCUCGUCAUGGCCCUCUUUGAGCUGUUCAAUACACAUGCCAAGUUCUCUCUGCUGUCAGAAGUGAGGGGGAUCGUGACGCCUCAGGAUGUGGAGAGAUUUGACGGCCUGGUUCAGAGAGAGAUUGAAGCCCUGAAGGCUAGGCAAGGGGGAGCUGGAUUUCAAGACUCCUUCUCCAUGGUCUCGUACCCUGAUACGCUAGCCUCCUCCUCAGCCAUCAUGACCAACACCACCCUCAGCUCUGCACGGGAAAGACUGCUCUGGCUAAUAGAUAUGAUGGAGAACGACGGUGUGGCAGAGAACAACGGGGAACAGUCUCUCGAGCGUAGCAAUGCCCUGCCAGACAUCUCUCUGGAUGAGGUUCAUUCCACCUCAGAUUCCCCUCCUUCCUUUAAACCUCCUCCUCCCCAGGUUCAGCACCGUCCCAGUCGAAAAUCCACACUUAGUAAACGUCCUUCUUCCGGCUCUUCCCAAUCAGGCUUGUACUUCACCGCCCCUUCUCGUUCCCAUACCAAAGAACCCAAGCACCAAAAAACACCCAAACCUCACACAUCUCCUCCUGACACCCUCAAGUUAGACGUCCCAGCGCCUCAGCUCUCAAUCGUGAGCCAGCACCCUAUCGGACCGUUCCCCCGGGUCCAGUCUCCUAGUAAGGUGAAACCUGCUGUCCAAUCCUCGUCUCCGAAUCCUCCACCCGCCCCUAAUGUACCAGCACCGCCUGGGCCGCCUCCUCUUCCGCCCCCCUGCCCAGAUAAGCCAGCCCCUUCAUCCCCAGCAUCCAAUCAGCAUUUUGUCAUGGUGGAGGUGCACAGGCCCAACGCAGAACCUGAUGUGAACGAGGUGCGGCCGCUGCCACAGGCACGAGGAGGGACGUUAUCCCAGCUCUCAGACAGCGGACAGACCCUCAGCGAGGACAGCGGUGUGGAUAUUGGUGAAUCUGGACGUCUCAGUAAGGAUAGCAGCCCACGUCCCGCCCGCACCAGAGUCCCUCGGGAUGGGCACGGAGGAGGAGAAACAUCUGCCAAACCGCCGGGUCUGUUGGAACCGACCUCCUCUCUAGUGAGGGUGGCAAAAAGUGCCAGCACUCUGGGCAUCGCAAUAGAAGGCGGGGCAAACACACGUCAGCCCCUCCCACGCAUCGUUACCAUACAAAGAGGUGGUUCGGCUCAUAACUGUGGACAGCUAAAGGUGGGUCAGGUAAUCCUAGAGGUGAAUGGAGUGUCUCUCAGAGGAAAGGAACAUCGGGAAGCUGCACGUCUCAUCGCGGAGGCCUUUAAAACCAAAGAGAAGGACUACAUUGACUUCUUGAUCACAGAGUUUAACGUGGCUCUAUAGGAGCGUUCGAGUCCCAUGAUGCUGACUGCGGCGAUGGAAUAAAAGAGCACUGGGACAUAUCGUGACAUGUCUUGCCAUGAUUAACCCCCAGAAUCCUUUUACAUGGUACACUUCAGCUCAUCCUCUCCUGUGAUGUUUUGAAACCAGUCACUGUUUGAAAGGCCAUCCUGUGUGGAUCAACCCCAUGUUGACCUUUCCAGCAGGAAAAUGCCAGGAUAGAGCAAAAGUUCAGUCUGUUCUGGCCGGUUUGUUUUAGAUGAUAGGACCAUCUUUUCAGUUGGCUUAUUCUUUGAGUUUCUAUAAUGAAAUUUGGUCACCUGACCGCAAUAUGGCAAGAGACUCUUCAUCAAGCUUGGAUCUGUGUAGUGUUUUUGAUACACGAUACCGUCAUGUUCUGGUGUGAGAGUCUGUGUGAACGUGUCAUGGAAAUCAUCAUUGUUUUUUAAAGUCAUAGCUAUUUUAUAAGAAAUAUGUGCAAAUGGAUAAAAUGUGUUUAAAAUAUAUAUGUAAAGUUUAAGAGGUGGACAUAACUACUGAUUCUAGUAAAUAGUGACUAACCCUAUAGAAAUUCAAACUAAUGUGCUUCUCACUACAGUUUGCUGUGAGCAGAACUGCUGAAACAUCUGUCAUCUGCCUUUUUUUAACUAGUCAGCUGGUUUCAAUGUUUGAUUAUUGUUUGUGCUGUUUUGCAGGUUUUUUUUUUUUUUUUUUUUUUGCGUCAGGCAGUAAUUACUAAACCAUGGCAAUCAGUCAUUAGGACAGAAAUGCUGGAGUCCUCAGAGACAGAACUCUGUUCAAAUACCUAUAGUGAGCUGCCUACGUAGACAGCAAUUUAAGACAGCAUAGGCACUUCUGAAGUGAAGAGAAGAGCUUGUUUUGGACAAAUUUUAAUGCAGCAACAUGUGCAUCAGGGCUCAACAAUAAGGAAUGCUCACUGUCCCAUACCGUUCAAAAAUUUGGCAUCAUAAGUUUUUAAUGUGUUUCAAAGAGGUCUCUUAUGCUCAUUAAGGAUGCUUUCAGUUGAUCAAAGAUAAGAGUAAAAAAUGUAAUAUUGUGAAAUACUAUUACAAUUUAAAAUGUAAUUUAUUCCUGUCAUGGCAAAGCUGAAUUCAGCAUCAUUACCCCAGUCUUCAGUGUCACAUGAUCCUUCUGAAAUCAUUCUAAUAUGCCGAUUUGCUGCUUAAAGGCACAAUAUGUAAGAUUUUUAUUUUAAAAUAUCCAAAAACCACUUGCACAGUGUUAUAAGUACACAGCUUAAUGAAAUAUAUAUUAUCCUAAAUGUUUCCAAGAAUUUGUAAAUUCAGAGAAAUUUGCAAUUUUAAAUAGUGCCCAUCCCUGCUUGUCACUUGUCGCCUGUCGAUGUCGUAAUAUCUGCGUUAUCCCUGGUUUCCUUGUACUGCAUAGUAACCAUGGCAACAGACGUUGCUUCUUUCAAACAUUAUGAUCCAUGGCAAGCAAACUUUGGGACAAAAGGAGAAAUAAAUGAGGAUCAAUAUCGGCGUGGUGUUUCCGAAAUGGUGAGAGCUUUGCGACAACUUUGACUUGACAGACUCCGCUCUUGCACGUUAUUAGACAAGGUAAGCAAAUGUAGCCUACAUAAGACGAAUCAAUGUUAUAUAGCUCAACACGAUGAAAUGUUAGAAUAUCAUCAGUAUGAUAUUCUGAUGUUGAUCUAGCUUACUGUUAGUCUCAUACAGCCAAUAAACUAAUACACAGAAUAACAUUACAACUUUCAACGCACUCAAAUGCAGUUUAGUAUGAUAGUGUAACGUGAGACCAAGUGAAACAGUGCUGCGUUACCUCACAAAUUUAAUUCGUCAAAUAAACUGACCUGAAUGAGUAGUAUUUCAGCUUUGCGAGUAGUUCGGUAUAAAAUGUCCUUUAAAUCCCCAGAUAUCAGUGUGGUACUGAUAUCUGUCUCUCAUUAGCAAUCGCGACCACGAUUCUCGGCCACGCCCUGCUUCAUACCACAGUCAUGUUAAAAACAUGACUGCAUUCAGUCAUCCAUAAACAUUAUUUCCCCAUAAACAUUAUUAGAUCCAUCGGAAUGACGACAAGUUCCGUGAUUCCACGCUCAUUCCCUGCGUCAUCAAUCUACGACUUUGUUAAUGUUUUGAAGAGUUUAGCGACCCCUAGCAGCGAAAAAAACAUACUGUGCCUUUAAGAAACAUUUAUUAUUGUUAUCAAUGUUGAAAACAGUUGUGCUGCUUAAUAUUUUUAUUGAAACCAUUUUUUUUUUUCAGGAUGCUUUGAUGAAUAGAAAAUUCAAAAAUGUUUAUUGUCGCUUCUGAUGUAUUUUAGUAUUAUUUCUUUCAAAAACAAAAAUCUUACUGACCCCAAACUUUUGAAUAGUAUCAUUAUUUUCCAGUAAAAUUGUAUUUGAAUUUAUGGCUGUCUUGGCAUUUCCUGUAUUAUAAUUAUAUUAUAUAAUUAUAUUAACUGUAUAAUUUCUAGAUAUUAUUGCCAAUUUUUUGUAAAAAAAUAAUUAGUCUAUGAUGAAAAUGUAAUUUUAUAAUAAAUUAUAUAUUUUAAUAUUUAUUUAUAAUUUUAAAUGUAUAUUAAAUAUUGCAUGUAAACUUUGUAUAAAAUUAAUUAUAAAAGUAAAUAUAAAAUUAUACACACAUUCAUAUUUAAAAACAAAAAUAUAUAUAUACAUUUUUUGUUUUGGGGCCAGUAAAAACAUUAGCAGGGAAAGUAGAAAUCAAAACUACUGGCCUGACCUGGACAGCAGAAAAAAAAACUUACUGUUGAGCUCUGAUUUAUCCUUCAUGUAGAAGGCAAUUUCAGAAUAUGAAAUAUUGGAUAUUUUAAUAUUUAAAAAAAAAAUAUUUCAAAAUCGAAUUGAUUCAGUACUGCUUAAAAAUAUUAAGCCUAGCAGCAUACUAAUGCCAAACUAUUGAAAUCAAUUGCAAAUCGAGUCUCCUAUUCAGUCUGUGCAUGCUAUUCGAGUUUGUGCCUACAUAGAUAACUCCAAAUCAUUUAAAGGGUUAGUGCACCCAAAAACAUAGGUAACCAGACAGUUGAUGGACCCCAUUGACUUCCAUAGUAUUGAGGGAAAAAAUACUAUGGAAGUCAAUAGUGACCAUCAACUGUUUGGUUACACACAUUCUUCAAAAAAUUAGUGUUCAGCAGAAGAAAGAAACUCAUGCAGGUUUGGAACAACUUAAGGGUGAGUAAAUGAUGACAGAGAACUUUCAUUUUUGGGUGAACUAUCCAUUUAAGUUUCAGCUAGGAUGCUUCCUAUAUAGGCCACAAGACAGCAAGGCAGCUCACUAGGUUUUGGGAAGAGCCUUUGACAACACGCCAGCAUUGUGAGGAGUCUCAGAAUGAAAAAUCCUUUCAGAUUUAUUUAGAUGGAGCAAGAAAAUGAGGAGACCCUUUAUCCAGUUAUGAGAGGCGAAGCAGGAACUUGACAUUGCAAUCAGAGACAAGCAGCCAUUGAAACUAAUGAAAAGUUUAGAUCUUCCGCGAGGGAUCUGAUUGAUGCAUUUAGAAAAAGAAGAGAAAAAAAAGUUCAGACAGGGAAGAGGUGGCGACACAAAGCAACAAUGUGUCAGUCAUGUUAUAUAAGAGGGAACGAGUGGGAGAGGAAAUUGAGAAAUGGUGUUAUUGUAAUGUGUGUGUGAGUGUCUGGCUUUGAAUGCUGAGGCAGUGUGUGAAACAGUUCCACAGAGCCGACGUGUGUGUGUGUGUGUGUGUGUGUGUGUGUGUGUUCUACUUGAAUCUUUGAAAUAUUGACUAGUGCAAGCACAGGACUGCUCAUUCCCACCUGCCCACCUUCUCUAAUAUGACAGCCCACCUAGAUCACAUGCGCCACCAUUUUCAGUCCUCUACUAACCCUCACACAGUGUGUUGCUUGUUAGACUCAGACAUUUGAACAGUGUAUAUAUGGUAUAUCUAUAUAUUUUAAGUAAAUUAUUUGUAAGAAAUGAUAAUAUGAUCUUGAAAUCUUUUCCUUUGUGUACCAAAGGUGCUCAGAGGAAAGACAUGCAGGCAAGUCUGAAUGACUACCAAUUUAAAAAAGUGUUGCAUCUAACAAACCUAAUGGAUUUGCUGCUCUGAUUUUAUCUCUUGUUUGUUUGCUUAUUGCAUAUUUGUUUUAUCCUCAUCUCUUUUACUUCCCACAGUUGGGUAUAUGUGCACUUGAAUAAGUCAUCUGAAUGCAGUAAAGCAUUUAUCCAGUGAAAUCUUCUUCCUUUAAAAAGUUCUGCACACACCUGUCUGACAGCAUUAGGAAUGACAUGUACUCUUUUGUCAAAGUAUUGCUUCAGUGCUCAUCCCACGGAGAACGUUCACGGCAAAGUCCUCAAUGCACAAAGGUAUCAGAAUGAAAGGUGGGGGGGGGGGUCUUUGCACCAGCAUCUCAUCUCACCGAUGCAGCUCUUCAUAUGGAGAUCAGCCCUGUGUAGUUUAUGUGUGGAGCUGCUGUGUUUUUCAUAGGUGGAUGGGAACACAGAUCAAAGAACAGAGCAUGUCUGACCGUACUGACCUUCAGAUACGUAUAAACAUACUCACAAGCAGUGUUGGGGAAAGUUACUUUUAAAAGUAAUGCAUUACAAUAUUGCGUUACUCCCUAAAAAGGUAACUAAUUGUGCUGCUUAGUUACUUUUUAUUCAAAGUACUGCAUUACAUUACUUUUGCUUUACUUUUUCCUCAUCUGGGAUAGGCUGUUUGUUUGACAAAAAACAAACAAUUUUCUAUUUUUGGCAAAUGUAAAGGCCCUUUCACACCAAAAGUGAAAUGAAUAAGCCUCAGGCUGAAGGAAAUGCAAAUUCGCACCUGUACAGUAGAGGGCGCAGCUCAGACAAACAAGCCUUUCAGCUGUGCUGCCACAGCAGGAGAAGUAAAUGAGUAAAUGUCUACUAAAACUAGUCUAGAAUAAGCAUCAUGUUCACACAGCACACACAACACCUCUGCACUCCUGAUUUUUCUCAACAUGGGGACAGAAGAGGUGUCAGUCAAUAAAUGGGAAAACAAAGUAACUUGCGUUUCUUAUUUGAAAAAGUAACUCAGAUAUUUUGUUGUAAAUUUAAAAGUAUUGUUACUUUACUAGUUGCUUGAAAAAAGUAAUCUGAUUACGCAACUCGCGAUACUUGUAAUGCGUUACUCCCAACACUGCUUCCCAAACAGAUUUGCAGACUCAAGAUCGCAUGUUCAGGAUUCAACCUCAACGUCUUAAAAAAUUAAAUGAUGCUUAUUUGUUGAAUGCCAACUUCAAUCAAACUAGCUUUUUUAUUUUUUGUUCAUUUCAAUGAGGUUCACAGUUUUUAUAACCUUGUUAAAGGACUAGUUCACUUUAAAAUGAAAAUUACCCCAAGCUUUACUCACCCUCAAGCCAUCCUAGGUGUAUACAGCGUCGCGUCAGUUACACUUUCUUCCCAAAUUAAAUACAGAAGGCGGUCUGGCGAAAGCUAGAAAUUUUACUUUAUAACUUGUUUAAUAUGGAUAUUGUUCUUACACAAAUGCAUCGCUUCGCUUCAGAAGGCCUUUAUUAACCCCUCAGAGCCGUGUGGAGUACUUUUAUAAUGGAUGGAUGCACUUUCUUCAGCUUCAUACUCGUUGGUCCCGUUCACUGCCAUUAUAAAGCUUGGACGCGUCAGGAUAUUAAUAUAUAACUCUGAUUGUGUUCAUCAGAAAGAAGAAAGUCAUAUACACCUAGGAUGGCUUGAGAAUGAGUAAAGCUUGAGGUAAUUUUCAUUUUAAAGUGAACUAAUCCUUUAACAAAAGUACAGUUCAGUGUAAUUAUCAGUAACUAAGUUUGGAGUAAUUGAAAUAUAAUAAAAUAUUAAAAACUUUGAAAUGUUGUCAUGCCAACUAACUGAAAUAAUUGAAAUACUAAAUUUACUAAAACUUAAACAGAAAUUAAAACUAAAAAAAACUAAUAAACAUGACAAAAGCACAUAAUAAAAUUACUAAAAUAAAAAUUAAAAAUAUUAAAAUAAUUAUUUUUUUUUAUUAAAAAAUUUAAAAAAAAAUACACCAGAAUUAACUGCUUUGCAGAUUUACUCUAAAAUUAAACUGUCAUGCUAGUUUGGAACAAAAUGUUCUUAAUAAAAUUAUAUUAACGUGUAACAGGGUUGAAGGUUGAGCUGGAAAAUACAGUCAACUCAACAUAUUUAUAAAAAUUGAAACAAUGUUAUUUUGUAAUGGCAGGAAAGUCAUGUAGUAGCAGGUUUGUGAACAAGAUAAACAGCUAAAUAUUAUGGUUUAGACAUUAAAAUGUGUUAGUAAUAAUUCAAAAGAUUUUACUACAAUGAAUGUUGAUUCAACUGAUUGAACAUGUUAAAAUUAUGAUUUUUUUUUUUUUUUUUAAUUCUUGGAUACCUUUAAUAAGGUCAUGACCUCUGAGGUUGGACAGGCCAAAUUGCAUUUGGUGAAGGAUAUAAUGGAUAAAAAGGGAAUACUAAAGUAAAGUGUAUUUGUGGAGAGUGCCAAAUACAGGUUUAGAUGACUUUUCAAAACUACAUUUAUGACUUCAUAAGUGACAUGUCUUGGAGUCUUGGCAGUCCCAAGUGAAGAAUAUAUAAAGUUUGAGACCCUUUAUCUUGCUGAUAUCUGCUGGUGUUGUGACUGACAGCAUUUGAGAGACAUUUCUGCUUGAGCUGUCUAUACUUGACCUGCAUUCAAAAUAAUUCCCUCAGAAGCGCUGAUGUUUUAACAUCGGCACACUAUGCUGAAACCUCAUUUGCCCAGAAUCAUGUUUAGUCAUUUUAUUCAUAUAUUAUAUUCCUUUCACAGUUGUUUUACCUGAACCCGCUGCCUUUGUUCCUCUGUCAGCCUGCCUCUUGUACAGUUUAAAGAAAAGACUACACAACCGUGGUAUUUAUACAGAAAGUGUGUUUUAUUUUCCAAUAAAGAUAAAGUGCAUAAAAAAAGAAAGAAAAGUAA